CCUCCCUCCCACACACGGACUCCAUUUACACAUCUCAUUGCUGCAGAAAGGCUGCCAACAUCAAAGACUCCUCCCAUGUGCUAAUUGGCAGAGGGCAUGAGAAUAAGGCUACAGGAGUGAUGCAGGAAAGAGGGGCUUGUUUUCAUGGGGCACUGGCAUCAGUAUUGGAACAGGAAGAAUCAGUACUGCUGAAGCGGUCUCCACCUGAAUCGAGCUGGGACCAAUGUUCAAGUGAAAAGGGUGGACUGGGAAAAUCAUAUUGGUAGUGGAUUGCGAGAAAAGGAGAUAAUGGGAACUGCAGAUGCUGGAGAAUCUGAGAUAACAAAGUGUGGAGCUGGAUGAACACAGCCAGCCAAGCAACAGCUUAGGAGCAGAAAAGCUGACGUUUCGGGCCUAGACCCUGUGGAAUGUCUACGAGAUGGCAUUUUGAAGCAGCUGGUGGUGGAGCCCAUGAGGGAACAGGCACAGUACACUCUUGUCGAGAUCCCUGACUGGAUUGAAGCGAUGGAAGAUUGCCAGAUUUGCUGACUUGCAGGACAGGAAGUGAUUGAAGUGCCGGAAGAAUCUCCAAGACACAGGCAAGGAUGCCCCGAGGCACGGUAUAUUGGUGGGACCGUGCAGAUGCUACGACACUUGAUGAAUGGCUACCACGCAACAAUCACCAGACAGGGCUAUUCCCUCCCAGUCAGGGAACACUUCAAUGGCCAAGGACAUUCUGCCUCCAAUCUUCAGGCACAGUACACUCUUGUCGAGAUCCCUGACUGGAUUGAAGCGAUGGAAGAUUGCCAGAUUUGCUGACUUGCAGGACAGGAAGUGAUUGAAGUGCCGGAAGAAUCUCCAAGACACAGAGAAGAUGAAGCUUUCUGAAUAUUUUGCACGAAUUGGCUACACAGGACCUUGCAACAAAGCUGACCUGGAGACACUAAGCAAAUUAUUUGAAAACCAUGUCACAUCUAUUCCGUAUGAAAAUCUCAAUCCACACUGUGGAGAAACAAUUGAGGUCAAUGUGGAAGCAGUCUUUGACAAAAUGGUGAGGAAGCAAAGAGGUGGCUGCUGUGUGGAGCAUAAUGGCUUAUUCUGGUGGGUACUAAAGGAGAUGGGGUACAACGUGAUGUUUACAGCUGCAAGAUUGUACAAACCAGCAAAGGAUUGUUACGAAUCCUACCCAUCUCAUUGUAUCCUCAUAGUCACCAUUGAUUCUAAGAGUUAUGUUGCUGAUGUGGGCUUUGUAUCAUCCUACCAGCUACGACAACCACUGGAGCUGGUAUCAGGCAAAGAACAGUCUCAGCUUCCGGGCACAUUCCGCCUGACUGAAGAGAACAAUAUCUGGUACAUGGAUAAAGCUAUAAGGAAACUUCACAUUGAAGGUCAAAGCAGCAACAUGGUGAGACAGGAGUCGUGCAAGAAGAAGGUGGUUCUGACCAAAGUGACCCCCCUCCAGAAUGGCUCACAGAAUGAGGACACCCUGUCACAUCCAGUCCCAGCCAAGACAGGAAAUCCUGAGGCCAACCCUGCUGAGGAAGCACAUAAACACACAGAACGAUUGAAGUCUGGAUUCCAGAGCUCCUUCUCAGAGUGUGCUUUAGUCGCCGAGCCGUCUAACUGCUCCAUCCUAAAACUCUAUAAAUCGGAAUCUGAGGACUCGGGGGUUGAACUGCCCAGCGGCACGAACUCUCCGUCUACCCCCUCAGGAUCUGAACAGAGCUUUAACGUGCAUCGGAGGGAGUCGUCCUGUGACUCUGAGAUGGCUUUGAGCAUUGUGUCCUUGUCCCCGGGAGCUCAGCAUUGCCCAUUCACAGCUGACUGUCACAACCCCGACCAGUGUUCAAAAGAAGACCCAAGGCCCAGGGAGGCUCCAGUGCAGAUCAAGAAAUUACCCACAGCCACUGCGAAUUGGAAAAAGACCAACAACGCCAGCAGAAACACGAAUCAGAGUCCGACCGUUAUAAAUGAGGAAGUGGCCCAGCCCAGGCAUGUCUCCCUUGUUGAAAUUGUCAUUGCAGACACCAAUUCAGCAGCAAAACUGAACGGAGCAGGAAAACAUGUAAGUGAAACCCCUCUCAAUCAAGAGACACUGAAAAGACGACCAUCAAGCGACAGUCUGAACGACUACAUGGAGGAAUGCUGCAGGCUAAGUCAGGUGAACCAGGAAAAGGUGGGUGAUCGGGGCUCAGGCCUGGGCUACUUGGAGCACAUCUGCCAGCUCAUUGAGACCAUAGGCCAACUGCAGGACCAAAACAAGCAGUUGCAGAAGCAAGCAUGGAUCGCAGAGAGAGCGCUCAAGGUGAACAGGAUGAAGGAGGACUUUUUCCUGAAUCACUGUUCGUGUGGAGCUAUUGGGAUCUAUCAGAGUCUGGCAAACCUCCCUGAUCUCCAGAUAGGAUCUUGCAGCAGCUCUCCUAACCACGGGAUCGCCUUGAAGGGGGAGAACACAGCGCAGAGCAUAGGGAGGACAGAGAGCAAUAGCCAACAAGCUGAGGAUACACAGCCAAACAGCAGAGAUUGGAGCAGAAAGCACAUGUGCAGAAAAAUGUUAAGUCAGCAAGACCUGAUUCUUGGCCAUGAGGGACUGAGUGAGCACAAUUCUCACUGCCCGGACCACCAAGAUGAGGAAGGCCAAUCCACUGGGAAGAUCAAGCUCCUGCUUAGGAAUUCCAAGUUAAAAAAUCGCCCAGUCAGAGAUUCAUUCGUCAUGUUAAAGCAGUCCUGCCCUCAGCUUUAUAGGCCCGAAGACGGAAGAAGCAGUCCUCUGAUAAAGGAGACGAAUUCUGCCAGUGCAUGGGGCCUCAACAGGAACAGUGACUGGGAGCACACUCCCUGAUUAUUUGGGCAAAUUUAGUGAAAUAAGAACACUGUCCAGAGAAAGUCCGACAGCGAGUGACCAUCAAUCUGAUCCAGUCGAGGGGCAGUCUCUGGGGCUGCAGUAUCACCAUAGCACAGUUGGCACUACUGAGUAGCUGCUUUGAUCUAUCAUCCAGGGGUUUCUGGAACGUUAUUUUAAAUACAAAACAGACCAGUUUGUUAGAAGCCAGGUCAGCAAUGCUGAAGGCUAUGUUUAUCCCACCUUCUCUGUAACUGCAUGAGGUGCAGCAACCUUUUCUAUGUUUAUACUAUCCACUAAUUGACAAAAGUCCAACUUCAAGUUAUGCCAAAAGGAUUGUCAAAAAUGAUUAAAAACCAAAAGAAAUGCAGAUGGCGUAAAUGAAAUACAAAAACAGGAAUUGCUGGGAAAGGCAACAUCUGUGGAGAGAAAUCAGAGUUAACUCAAGUUCUGAGGAAGGGUCACUUGAUCCAAAAUGUUAACUCUGAUAUCUCUCCAUAGUUGCUGCCAGAUCUGCUGAGCUUUUCCAGCAAUUUCUGUUUUUGUCAAAUGAUUGCUUUAUCUUGUAUUGUUUUCAAUUUCUUCGUUCGAUUUCUGGCUCAAUCGCAACUAUGGUUACAGGUCUCGGACAUAUUUAGGGUAGUUCCAUUGAAGAGACUGGCUUCAAUGAGCACAUUUUUGCAGAUUAUGCAGCAUUUUUCCUUAGUCAGCAAUUUAAAUCUCCACAUGUUACUAUUAUUUCAAUUAUCACCAAUGCCCCCACAGUUCAUUCUGAAGGUCCAACCCUGAAGGCAGUGGUGCUCAUUGAGAGAAUGCUCAAAUCCAACCCCCACCCCAGCAUGUUUGAAUUAAGGGGUGUCGUUGCUUACUGAAGCCAGUCAAGAGAGGCCAAUGUCUGAUACUCCCCUGAUGACACCGGGAGAAGGCUCUGCCUCUGCCUAAACUGAGGCAGUUUCCCAAUUGGUUUGACUCUGAACACCUGGAAUUUCUUUUCAAAACUGGCAGUGAAGGGAUCACCAGGUCUCCAAAGAAAUACUGUGAAUAGCCAUAUUGGGCCAAUACAUGGAGUCUUACAUUAAUCUCCCAGAAAGGAUAAGACCGCAACAAGAUCUGAUCAGUAAAAUUGACGAGGGCAGAAAGAAUUAAUACUGUGCCUGAGCGGAAAUGUUUUAAAUUAUAUGACUCAACAGACCUUCUUCUUCGAAAGUUGUUUUGCUUUUAAACAAUGUGAAUACUAUGAAAAGUUUAUUACACAUUAUCUUUCAUAUAUAGAUAUAUUUAUCAGAUUGAUCUAACUGUGAAGCUUUAUCUGUGUAAUUUCAUAAAUAGUCAGUCACAGACUUCUAUGUAACUCAACAAAAUGCCCUAGGAUGGUUCUGGGUACUAAUA